UAUCAAUGUUCCGGACCGCAUGCAAUUUGGCAGUGUGAGACCUUUAAGAAUGCAUCUUACGAAGAUCGGUCGCGAACUGUACGACAGAAGAAGCUGUGUGGAAGUUGCCUUUCGUAUGGACACUUCUCAAGAUCUUGUUCGAAGGGAUUUUCUUGUCGGAAAUCGGGUUGUGGAAAGAAGCACCAUUUCCUUCUUCACCCGCCAGACCGCGAAGAGACUGACGACCGUGUAGUAGAACAAGAAAGUGCAAAUCAGCAACCAGUCAUUCGUGGCCAAAGUUCAGUUGGUAGAACAGCUGCGACACUCACUGAAUCCAACCAUCCCCCGGUUAUCGAAUCCAGUACCUUUGCCGUAUCCAGAGAUUCUGCUCCAAGGGAAGCCUCAACCAGCAGUCGACCGAGGGUCUGCUUCAAGGUCGUCCCAGUAAGAGUCAGUGGGCCAGGUGGGAACAAGCAGCUAACAACAUACGCCUUCCUAGACAGCGGAUCAGACACUACACUCUGCUUAGAAAGUCUUGUAGAAGAAUUAAGCCUUGAACGUGAGCCUACUGAUUUUACCCUUUCAACAGUCAAUUAUGAAGGGAAGGAACGUGGUCACCAAGCCCGCUUGGAUAUAGAAGCACUUGACGGGAAAACGAAGUUCACACUCGAUCGGGUUCUGACAAUGGAGAGCCUACCCAUUGGAGAGAGACAUUUCGCCAACAAUAGAGAAUUGACAAAAUGGCCACACCUUGAUGGCGUCAGUCUUCCCGAAAUAGAAGGGCAUCGAGUCUCCAUCCUUAUUGGCAGCGACCGACCGGAUAUUAUCGAUGAUAAUUCUGAAAUCAGAAGAGGAGCUCGGGGCCAGCCCUAUGCCGUAAAUACUCCCUUAGGUUGGACGGUGUAUGGCCCAAUGGGUGAACCCAACAGCAAUGGCAUCCAUGUCAAUUUCGUAAGGAGUGAUCAUGAAGAGAUGUUAAGUCAGCAAUUGGAACGUUUGUACAAUACCGAGUUCAAAGAUACCCUUGUGGAUGUUGAAGAGAGUUUGUCGUUGGAAGACCAAAGAGCGAAGCAGAUUAUGGAUCAAUCAGCGGUCCUUGUUAAUGGACAUUAUCAGCUCAAGCUGCCAUUCCGGCAUAGUCCUCCCUGCUUACCUGAUAGUCUACCAGUGGCAAAGAAGAGAUUGUAUUGGCUGAAAAAGAGAAUGGAAAGAGACCCUGAGUUCCACAAGCAAUAUGCAAGCGUUAUCCAGAAAUACCAAGAAGAAGGAUCUUCACGUCAAGUCCCUGAUGAAGAAAUUUCUUCCCUCAAACCCAUUUGGUACCUACCGCAUCACGCUGUUUGGCACCCGAGAAAACCUGAAGAGCCGAGAGUGGUAUUCGAUUGUGCCUGCAAGUCCAGCGGUGUCUCGUUGAACAAUCAGUUGUUGCAGGGACCAGAGAACACAAGCUCACUUAUAGGAGUCAUUCUGCGAUUCAGAGUUAACAGUGUAGCCGUGGCAGCUGACAUUAAGCGGAUGUUCCAUCAGGUGUUUGUGUCUCCUGAAGACCGGGGCGCUCUUUGCUAUCUGUGGUGGCCGGAUGGAGAUUUGACGAAGGACCCGAAGACCUUUCAGAUGCUAGUCCAUAUCUUUGGGGCUACCUCAUCACCCAGCAUUUGUGGUUACGCAUUACGGCGAACAGCUGCCGAUUACAGCGAAGGUUUCUCCUCUCAGACCAUUGACGCAGUCAUGAGAGACUUUUAUGUCGAUGACCUGCUCAAGUCCUUCGAAACGACCGGCCAGGCAGUGGAAACUACAAAGGAGCUACAGGAACUGCUAGCGAAAGGAGGAUUCCAGCUGACCAAAGUUAUGUCCAAUGAGCGCGAAGUCCUAAAUGCAUUCCCACCUGAACAUCGAGCACCAGCUGUCAAGGACUUAGAUAUCAAUCUCAACAGUCUACCCAUGGACCGAGCCCUAGGAAUCCAUUGGGACAUGGAGGCAGACACCUUCAACCUAGUUGUUAGUGAUAAAUCCCAUCCAGGGACCCGGAAAGGCGUCCUGUCGUCGAUUGCAACAAUUUAUGAUCCCCUUGGUUUGGUUGGUCCCCUAAUCCUGCCUGGAAGAGAGAUCAACCAAGAGCUAUGCAGAUUAAAGUAUGACUGGAAUGACAGGCUCCCUGAUGAACUAGCAGUGAAGUGGAGAGAUUGGAAGGAAGGACUCGCAAGCCUCACCGGUUACAGUAUCCCUCGAUCCUUUACUCCCCGAGACUUUGGAGAAGUAGAAAGAGCUGAACUCCAUCACUUCGCAGACGCUUCUGAAGGACAUGGAUAUGGGACAGUAACUUACCUGCGUUUCGUUAACAAAGAAGGGAGCAUCCACAACAGUUUCCUCAUGGGCAAGUCGCGAGUGAGGCCUCUAAGGAGUGGUAUCAGCGUGCCUAAGAUGGAGUUGACCGCUGCCACCUUGUUGAUCAAGAUGGACAAGCUCAUUAUGCGAGAGUUGGAAGGUCGCAUCAAGAUCCACAGCGUCACCUUCUGGACCGAUUCAAUGAUUGUCCUAAGGUACAUAUUCAAUGAGACGAAAAGAUUUGUCACCUUCGUCGCCAAUCGUGUUGCUGUCAUCAGAGAAGGAUCAAGGCCCUCACAAUGGCGUCACGUUAGGUCAGAAGCUAACCCGGCUGAUUUGGCCUCGAGAGGAAUAAAGGCCUCCGAAACCAAGAAGUUAGAAGUGUGGAAACAUGGCCCAGAUUUUCUGUGGAAAGAUCAAAAGGAGUGGCCGCAGCAACCCGCUGAUCUCCAUCAAGAACUAUCAGACCAAGAUGAGGGAGUCAAGAAAGAGAAGAUCACCGUUAAUGCAUGUGCCGAGAAAGAAGACUUCUGGGGCACUUUAUUUGAAAGAUUCUCAACAUGGGAGAAGUUAAGAAGAGUGGUGGCUUGGAUCAUUCGAGGAGCCCGUAAGCUGUUGCAGUUGCGAACGAAGCCAGUGGCAGCCACUGUUUCGCUUGUGAACCCAGAGGAGAAGGUUCCCCACCUCCUAUUGUUAGAUGUAGAAAAAGCAGAGAGAAUUAUCGUAAGGAACGUCCAGAUUCAGACCUUUCCUGAAGAGUUGUCCAACCCAAAUCCGUGCAAAGGUCCUCUCGCCAAGUUGAAACCAUUCGUGAAUCAAGGAGUCUUGCGAGUUGGAGGAAGACUAGACCGUGCAGACCUCAGCUAUGAUGUAAAACACCCAAUGAUAUUACCUGGGAAGCACCGUGUAACAGAGAUGAUCAUCCUCCAUUACCACCAUGCUAAUGGUCAUGUAGGUCCACACCAAGUACUAGCGGAGAUAAGACAGCGUUUCUGGAUUGUGAGUGGUGUUUCGUCCAUCCGACGUGUCCUGCGGCAAUGCCAUGAAUGUAAGCGCCAGAAUGCUACAGUGGGAGAGCAGAUUACAGCACCACUCCCAGUGGUGAGAGUUUCUUCAGACAGCUACCAGUUAAUCUACCCGUUUGCUGCUGUUGGAAUAGAUUAUUUUGGACCACUCUACGUCCAUGCAGGACCACUUACCAGAUCUGUGAGAAAGAAUCCCAAACUCCACAAGCGCUAUGGUUGCAUCUUUACCUGCCUUAGGUAUAGAGCCGUCCACAUCGAGCUUGCGAAUGAUUUAACGACGGACAGCUUCAUUCAAGCAGUAACAAGAUUUGUCGGGAGACGAGGUCCACCCAGGGUUAUUUACAGUGACAAUGGCACAAACUUCAGGGGAGCAGAAACCGAUGUUUUGAAUGCGUUGAAGACCUGGGACCAAGAAAGAGUAGGACGUGAGCUGCUUCAGGAGAAUAUACAGUGGUAUUUCAAUCCCCCGGCGGCAAGCCACCAAGGAGGUGUUUGGGAGCGGCUCAUUCGCUCCGUUCGAAGGAUUCUCCACGCCAUGAUUGGAACGCCAAAAGUGGCUGAAGCAGAGGCGAAACUUCAAGGUCGGAGACUUGGUCAUCAUGAAGGAUGCAAACCUCUCCCGAGGACAGUGGCCCAAAGCGCUAGUUCAAGAGACCUUCCCAGAUUCUGAUGGUGUGGUGCGACAAGUUCUGGUGAAAAGUGCAAGAGGUGUCUUCAGGAGAGAUAUCCGCAAACUCUGCCUUCUGGAAGAG